GAGCCGCCGACGCCUCUGGAGCCGGGACCGACCAAUUCCUCGGUUCCUGCCUCCAACUGCAGUAUGGAGUCGCCCCGGGGGCGGCCUGGGCCCGAGGCGGACCUUCUGGCUGCGGGGGAACAGCAAGCCGCAAUUUUAGGUGGCGGGCCGAGCCGAACGCCCUCUGAGCCGCCCUCAGGCCUCCGGUUAUCCGAGGAGGAAGAGGCCGAGAACGUUGGGGGCACGAGCCCCCACCCCAGGGCGUCCCCGAAGACUUCGAGCUGCAGCGUCGUCCACCCGCCGGAGCGGGAGGCUCGGGAGGACGGGCCUGGCCGCGGAGGCACGCCGUCUGGGGCGGGGAGCUGCCGGGGGGUGCCGGCUCCCGAGCACGACCCGCAUGGGUCCUCCCGGCGCAAGGACCCUGAGCCGCCGGAGGACAAGCCUGCAUCCGAGAGGGCGUGCCGUCGAGGGAGCCCGGGAGGUGGCGGGAUGGAUGCUGAGCAGGAGGAGGAAGACGACGAGGAGGUGGCGGCAGCCGGCAGGGUUGGCCGCUCGUUCUCCAGCCGCCUUCAGGACAGCCGCAGCCUGGACGGGCUGAGCGGGGCGUGCGGCGGCGUUGGGUCCGCAGCGGGUGCCGAGUCUGGUGCGGGCGGCGGGCGUCGCGCCACUAUCUCCAGCCCCCUGGAGCUCGAAGGCACAGUGAGCCGCCACGGCGACCUCACUCACUUCGUCGCCAACAACCUGCAACUCAAGAUCCGUCUGAGCGGUGCUCCUCAACCCCCGCCUCCUGCCCCUGCGCGGCCCUGUUCAAUGCCCGCACCCACUCCGGCCAUCCCCCCCAUCGACCCCGACGUGCUGCGGGACCUGGAGCGUCUGAGUCGGGAGCUGGGCGGCAGAGUGGACCGUCUGCUUCGCGGGCUGGGUGGCGCCGUGCAGGAGCUGACAGCGCUGAGCGUGGGCUGCAUCCAGACCUACCGCGACGCAGUGGACUCCCUAGGCGAAGCCGUGGACAUGAGCAUCAAGGGCAUGUACACCCUGCUGGCACGCUGCGAGGAGCUGGAACGGGCUCUGCAGCCGGUUCAGGGGCUGGCGCGCCAAGUCCGGGAUAUUCGACGCACGCUGGAGGUGUUUGAGGCCCUGUGCAAGUGACCAGGAGAGCAGGAGAGGCCAGGCCAGGCCAGGCUAUGCCAGGGCCCAGCAGGAUCCUAAGGACUCUUCAAGGAGCCCUGGUGGGAACUGCCUGCUGAGCCUAGGCCUAUAUAUUGGAGGCUCUUCCAGAUGCAUUUAGCAAGCCUGAAACCGUUUGCUGGGCCUUAUGUGGUUGUAUAUGGGGAAGUUCUAAAGGCUCUCCUGGUGGGAGGGGAUGAUGCUCUGCUUCUAUUCAGUUGGCCAUCUGUAGCUACCUUGUUCUCCCCAACUCUCUUCCCUAGCUAGAGUACCAUCCCUGGGAACCCAGGGCUUUAGGUCUCAGGGUGGGAGACAUGACUGCCACAUGUGAUCAAGAAAGUAAAACAAAGGAGGCCCCAGCCCCCACUGUGGCCACCCUAACUCCAGUGGCUAUAUCUCAGGUGCCAGGGACUGUGGGAGCUUGAGUGGUCCUUGGCGACACACCAUGCAGACAAGGAUGCACACCUGCAGAUGGAUAACCUCCUGCUUCUGCCUGCUGACCCCCUACCUUCCCACUUCCCCAGCCAGAACCGCAGUGGAGCUAGAAGGAAUGCAUUGCAUGGUAGAGGGGGUGAGUUGGGAGGGGUCUCACUGCUCUCAGGGUUCAGGCAGAAUUGUUGCUGGUUUUGAAGCCCACUUUUGUGGCGUGUUCUAAUCAGUUUUGGCUUUCCGAAUGUUUGUGGAAUUAAAGUGCUGCUGC